CGCGGCCGCGCGGCUGCCGGGACCCGCCCCGCUGCUCGCCAGGCACCUGCUCGGGGCGGAGCGGCGGCGGCCGGAGCAGCGGCGGGAGCGGCCCUGCAGGCGACACUGCAGCAAUACAGACUUUGGUGUGUCCCUUGCAGCUACCGAUUGAUCCCUGCCUAGAAGACAGUCAAUGGAAAGCUUGGAGCUGCUCCUUAUCUAUUUGGGCAAAGUGAGAGAAUAGUGAGCUUCAAGAAACUCAUAAGCACGUGAGAGAAGAUGACAAGAUCUAGAUCAAGAUCACCACGAUGGAAACCAAGGUCCUUAUCUCCAGCAUUUAGGAGUCCAGAGCAUCAUAGGCAAAGGCAUGCUCAUAUUAAUUAUGACUGUGAAUAUAAAAGCUUUCGUAAGGACCCAAAGAAGCCUAUGCCUUGGAGAACAGAAGAUGAAAAAUAUGGACAAAGCAAUUCCAGGUUUGCACCUCAUGGAAAUAACCACCAGAGAAUAUAUGAACGUAGGUCACCUUCACCAAACCUGAAAAGAAUUCCCAUGGAAGACGCUUACAGUCAUAAGCCCUACAGAACACAUUCAUCUGAAAGAACUGAAAGCAAUAGGAGAUGCCAGUUACCACCAAAAUACUCGGAAAUACCUUAUAAAGAGCAUGAUCGUCCAUUUUACCAACACAAAAUGGAGGACAGAUAUGUGUUUGAUCACUACAAAGUCACUGGAAACGAAAAAGGAAUGAAGCCUUUUCAUAGACCAUUAGGGUCUUCAUGUAAACUUGAAAGAAAAUGGCACGAAGAUGACUUGAGGCACCAGAGGUUACAUGAAGAGAAGUAUGGUCAGUCACCCAGAAGAGUUUCUGAUGAAUUCACGGCAAGGAGCUCUUUACAGAAGAGGUAUCCUGAAGAUCACGAUUACAGAGAAUAUGGGCACACGUCUAAAAGGGCUAAGGAAAUGGAGAAGUAUGACUGUGGAGACGUAGCAAGAAAUUCCAAGUGGAAGCAAGAACGUUCUUUUCCACCCUACCAAGAGAAGGAGGAGCAAAGAUACCCGGGUGCCCAGUCCCACCGGUCGGCUGAAAGGGAGUACGUGGGGGGCUCUGUCCCAAAGAUAGCCUAUGAGUACAAUCACAACCGGCGCAGGCAUCCGGAGGGGGAAAAGCCUUUUCCAGGUGAUAGAGCUCAGAAGUACGUGAAGCAGGAGGACCAGAAAUACAGUUCUUCUAAGGGUGCCCGGAAUAGCAAAGAGUCAGAGUACUUUAGUGGUGGAAGAGCGAGGCGGACUGAAGAAGGACACGUCGAAGUACCUGUUAAAUAUAGCUCAAAGAAGGGCUGUGAUGCUUGUGUUAACUCUUCCAAAACGGAUGUUGAGCCGAGAUCUUUUAAAAACAAACCGAAUGAAAGAGUAAGGAAGGACGGGGAAUUAAGGAAAAACGUAGAUUCCUCCAAUAGCCAGUGUGAUUCGAGUCAUACUGUUUCAGAUGUGAAAGUGUCAGAUGUCAACUGUAUGAGGGAACAUCUCACAAUCAAAGUGGAUCUGAAGAAAACGGUCACCAAGUACAGGAGUGCUUCCAGUCAUACUACAGAGAGGCAGAUAUCCCAUGAUCUGGCUGCUGUUGGCAGAAAAAAUGAGAAUUUUCAUCCCGUGUUUGAGCACAUGGAAUCUGUAACACAAAAUGUCGAAAAGGACCCAUCAAAAGAAUUUACUCAGGAAAUAAUCACAAUUAUUCAUCAAGUUAAAGCAAAUUAUUUUGCAUCUUCUGACAUAACUCUACAUGAACGGUUCUCAAAAAUUCAGGAUAAACCAAGUACAAAUACGAAUGAAGUGAAAAUACAUUCGGAUCCAGAAAUUCACAGGAGAAUUGACAUGUCUCUAGCAGAACUUCAGAACAAACGAACUGUGCCAUCUGAAUCUCCCCAGAACGUUGUAAGAGUGUUAGAAGAUCCAAAUGAUCUACGGUAUGAUAUAGAAAGGAGAAGAAAAGAGAGAUUGAAGAAUGAAGAUGAGAGAGUCUUUCAUGUAGAUGGUGUAACUCCAAGGAACCAGCAAAGCUGCAGUCUUUCAAAGUUACAAACCUCUCAACUUGAUGGCUUCCAAAAGCCUAUGAGGUUCAUUAAGCCAGCUUUCAGGAAAUUUAUUGGGAGACCUCAUCUGAAUUCUUACUAUUCUUCAAAACCAAGUGAUACUUACCCUCACAGGCGAAUUAGAGGACACCUUGAAAAUGCAGGACCCAUCAGAAGGCACUUUAAGAGCAACUCUGCAGAUGGCCGUUUGCAAUCCCAUUAUAAAUCAGGCUUAGUACAGAAGGGUUUAUAUAUUCAGGCGAAGUACCAGCGGUUACGUUCUGUUGGUGUAAGGGGAUUUACCACUAAUAAAUUCAGAGAUGGAUUUUUGAGGAAAGAAAAGGAUACUACUGUGUCUGUAAGCUUCCUGCAGUGUUCUUACUAAAGCCUGGAAGUGAACUCAUUGUUGAGCAAAUGGGAAAAGUGGAUACAUGAAGAAACUUCUGACAUGGCAGUUUUGCUAACACUGCUUGGAAGUAAUGCUGAAGUAGUCAGACUUCAGUCAGUUAAUGCUGCUUUAACCAGUUUUAAACAUGUGACUGACUCCUGAUUUUGUGCUUUCUUAUUUUAUCUAUGCAUGACUAGGUAACUCUAAUUUGUUUUGUACUUUAACAGUUAGCUUUCUGCUUUAUUUCUACAACUGUGACCAACAUAUUACAAAGAAGUUUGGGGGUUUUUUUUGACAUGUUUGCUGACUUUGAUUCCCCCCCCCACCUACCCUUGCCCAUCUCAAGAUGAAUGUAAUGUGAAAUAUAGUUACUGUUUCAGUUGGUUUAGCUUUUAUGUAAGGUGAUACUAUUUGCUCAAAUCACAUUCUUGACUGAUAACUUCAGUAAUUUGAGAUUCUGACAUGAUAAAACUUUCUAAAUUUUAUAAAAUGCGUACAGAAAUGUAUGGAUUUUAUAAAAAUUCAAGGCUUAGAUUCUAGAGGCAUCUACUCUGUAUCUGGUAUGAGACAUUGCUAUGUAGAUUUAUCUUUGUGAAUUACAGGGGCCUGUGUCUACAUACUUAUAGCCAAAUCAGAUUAUUUAUUCUUUUGGCACAGAAAAUUCUGUUGAACUGGAAUACAGUGUUUGGUUGAGAGCAAUGUACUGAAGUUACUGAUUGGGUUGUGAAGACACAGGAAAAAGUGUUAAGUAGAAGAAAGGUCAAUUUACUUGAAUAACUUGGUGCCUUUCUGUAUUGUGACUGCAUUGUAGAAAACACCUGUACAAAGACUUAAGUGAAAUCCUGAUCAUUGCAUUCUUUCUAAUGGGAGCAUGGACUGAUAACAGUUCUUGUUAAAAUAAUUGUUUACUUUACAUGUGUAAGCCUCAGUAGGAAAACAGUGACUCUUUUAUUAGUGAAGUCACUGCAUUUGCAUUGGAAGGGCAAGUUGAAAAUGUGAUUGUCUUAAGAGCUUUCUAGCUUUCUGUUUUAUACUUUGAAAAUACAAAUGUGAAUUGCCUUUCUUUUGUUUAGCUUGAAAUGGCUGUUAAAUGCUCAUGUCAUUCUCAGUUGUUCACAUGUGAAAUUGUUUUUUUAAUUGCUAUCCAAAAUGCAAUGGGUUUAAUAUGACUAGAGUCUUCCUACUAAGUGUCUGAAAUACUGAGUGGCUAUGAUGUUAGCAAUUACAUUGCUUGAUCCAUUUAAUCUCUGCAUAAGUUGGUUAGAAUCGUUACUUUAAACUUUGUGAUGAUUGGGUUCACAAGGUUCACAAAAUUCUGGGUCUAGUAAGAAACAACACAUUGCAAGGCUUCUGCAAGCCUGCCUUAACUCUAAUAAUUACUUACAUGUUUAAAAUCGUUUUACCUGAUGGAUUUAGAUGGUCUUGAGACCUGGACAUAAUUGUCUCAACUCAGGUAACUGAUACAGGUUGGGAGGAAAUUCAGCUGAUCGAUCGCCUGUUGUGUAACAGUUUUUACCUGCUGCCUUCUUCCCUAGGGCCUCAGGGUGAGUUUUGUUUAAAUGAACUUGGUUGCUUUAAAGACAGAAAAAAAUCCCAAGAUAACACUGUUGUGGCAUUAAAAAAGGCAGAGUUCUCAAAACUUGCUUAUUAUGCAUCGGAAGGUUAUUUUCUGCCAUGUCUUGGAAAUGGAUAGUUAGAAUUGCUUGGAGAAGAUGAUAAAAAUCAUAACAGAGACUGAUUUCUCAGUAUUUACCUUAGAUUGUAAAUGGAGGGUGUUCUUUAAUUUCCUUGCUUUCUGAAAGGAAAGCUUUUCCCAUUCUGUGUUAGAAACAUGCCUCUUGCCUUUCUUCAAGCAUCUGAACAGCAAUCUCCAAUGUUCUUCAUGGGAGAGCCCUCUUAAAAGACUUCAGACUUGCAUCCUAAUGAAUCUGGGGAAAAAAAAAAAAGGAUGUUUCUGCACAUAACUCUGAGCCUUGACAGAUGUCAUUCCAUUGCUGCAGGAUUUGAAGAUAAGGAAGUUCUUCAGCCUCCUUAUGAAGGAAAGAAGUAAUAAAAGCCAUUUCAAGAUCUCUGAAAGCCUCCUUGUGACACUUGACUCCUUAAUAGACCUUAAGGAUAGUCAUGAACGUUUUUUCUGUUUCAGGCUUUGUGAGCAUAAAUUUUCAGUGUCAAGAUCAGAGAAAACUCUUGUCAUAACACCUGCCCCUUCCUUCUGUGCCUGGUGAUUUUUGUUGUUGGAGGGCUUUUGAGAAGGUAUUUAGCCUUGUGGUUUAGUAGCUCUGUGCUGCCUGCCACUUUAAUACAGUUUUCUUCUGCUCACUCUUCAUUCCUCUGAAUUUUAUCUAAGAAGUCUAAAUCUCAUGUUGUCUUAGUACUGCAUUUUCUGUAAAUAAUGUAGUAGAUGGCUUUCAUUUUGUGACUGGCUUCUCUUAUGUCUUUAUUAUUGAGGGGAAGAGACAGGGUGGAAACAGUUGUUGUUCGAGUACGUUCUUCAUGGAAUAAAAAAAGCCUCAUUGUUUUGUUUAAAGAAUAGGAGGAAUUUUUUGCCCCCAGUUGAAUGAGGGGAACUAAUGUCCACUUCUAAGGAAUAGAUUGUUGGCGUUAUUUAUACUGUAGUUUCACAAGGACUGUCUAAUGUGUGUAUGUGCACACGUAUGUACACAUGCAAACACACUAUUAGAAGCCUUUAAUGUAAUUAUUUGUAAGUGUGGAUAAGAAAUGACACUUUUGAACUACUGAAGCUGGAGUUAAAUGCAAAUGCAAUUUAAGUCUGUAGUCUUUGAGUCCACAGAGGUGCUUUUGACAAUGUUAUCCCAUAUCUAAAAGCCUCAUUCAUAAGUAUAUAUAGUAAGAUGUAGGUAUGUUUAUAUGUAUGUUUAACAUAGUUUAUAUAAAAUAAAUGUAAAUUUUGUUUCUACAGACAAUAAAUGUUUUCACAAAAUUUUUACUUAAA